CUCGAUUUUCAACUCGCAGAAAAUGGAGCCUUCGGGCGAGGAGCGUCCUGAUAACAAGGAUAAGCCCGAGGCUGAAUAUGAAACCCUCAAGUAUCAACUCCUGGGACCGUCCCUGACCAAAGCGGGUCAAGAUGCGGUGGAUCAGCGAAAGGUCUCCGAAAUCAUCUACCACGCCUCAAAGGGCUCGAAAUUCUUCAACCACGAACAGAACCGCGACCGGGUGCUGACGGAGAAGAUCGCACGCAUUCUAGACCGCAAAGCCCACCUGGCGACGCUCGACCUCUCAGCGGACCUGCGGCGCGCGGACCAGCUGCUGGCAGAGCUGGAACUCACGCGCGACCUGACACAGCACGUCGUGCACGUCGACUGCGACGCUUUCUUCGCGGCGGUCGAGGAGCUCGACCACCCGGAGCUAAAAACCGUGCCCAUGGCGGUCGGCAAGGGCGUGCUGACGACGUGCAACUACGAGGCCCGCAAGUUCGGCGUCCGCAGCGGCAUGGCCGCCUUCGUGGCCAUGAAGCUCUGCCCGCGGCUGAUCUGCCUGCCCAUGAACUACGACAAGUACAGCGCCAAGGCCGCCGAGAUCCGCGCCGUCUUCGCGCGCUACGACCCGCUGUUCGAGAGCGCCAGCAUCGACGAGGCGUAUCUCAAUCUGACGGCGUACUGUGCCGAGAACGGCGUCGGCGCCGAGGAGACCGUCGAGCGCAUGCGCGCCGAAGUGCUGGCCGAGACCAAGGUCUCGGUCUCGGCGGGCAUCGCGGCCAAUGCCAAGCUGGCAAAGAUCGCGUCGAAUCGAAAUAAACCCAAUGGGCAGUUCUGUGUGCCCAGGGAUCGGGACGCGAUUCUGGAGUUCAUGCGCGACUUGCCUGUCCGGAAGGUAAAUGGGGUCGGCCGGGUGUUUGAGCGCGAGCUCGAGGCCAUUGGCAUCAAGACGUGCGGGGACAUCUUCCCGCAGCGGGCGUACUUGACGCGCUUGUUCGGGGAGAAGGCGGCUUACUUUCUCAUGCAGUGCUACCUGGGGCUGGGGAGGACCAAGAUCCAGCCCGUGGAGAAUUACGAGAGGAAGAGCGUGGGCACGGAGAGCACGUUCCGCGAGUUGGGGGGCAAGGAGGAACUUCGCGCGAAGUUGUGGUCGGCGGCCGAGGAGCUGGAGAAGGACCUCGUUCGAACGGGGUUUAAGGGCCGCACGUUGGUGCUGAAGGUCAAGCUAGUCACGUUCGAGGUGCUCUCGCGGCAAUGCCAGCCCUCUCGAGCCGUAUAUGCGGCCAAAGACCUCUACGCUUUCUCCCUGCCGAUGCUGGAGAAGCUGGAGAAGGAGAUUCCUGACCUGAAGCUGCGAUUGCUCGGGCUCCGCUGCACGAACCUCGUGAGCACCAAGAAAGUUGGCAUCGAGUUCUUCGGGAACACGACGCGGCCGAAACCCGCCUUAGAGCCGUCCACCGAUAACACUCCCGAUCAAGAGAUCGGUGCGGAGGAAGCGUUUGAACGAGCUGCGCGUCAGGAGAUACAGGACGAGAUGAACGAGAUCGAACAGCUCAGUCAAGAGGUCUCGGAGUCGGCAGAGGUGGCGGACCAGCCCGUCGCCCAGGACACGGCGCCAGCGUACUGGGAUUGUCCGAUCUGCUCGAGACCCCAGGCUGCAGACGAUAGGGUCUUCAAUGACCAUGUUGAUUACUGCCUCUCGAGGCAGACUAUCAAAGAGGCGGUCCAGGGUGCUGCUGAGCAGGACCGUGAGGUAACUCCGCCCGCUACCGCCAAAUCACGCAAACGUCGAACCCCAGCGCAGGAGUCUCCGGAUCCGCGACAGAAGAGGCUAUUCUUCUCAUGACCGCUGCGCAACUAUGUACCGAUCGAAUGCAGUUAUGGUUGGAUUCUGAACCCCGAUGCAAUGUGCCUCCCAUUUCUCCUCUGGUUCCUCGGCAGGCCCUUGGAAACAUCCACCGGACUGGUUACCCACAGCAGCACUUGGAUUCAACAUUCAUAUCUUGAAUUACACAAUAG